CGUUGAUUCGCGGUCGAAAGAGAGCACGGAGAGAGAGAGAACCAGCAACAACGUCGCGCCAGCUGGUCCCAGAGAUCGCGCGUCAUCUCGCCCUCGCUCCACCUCUCUCGCCCUCGCUCUCUGUUCCUCCCUUUUGGUCCACGGCCGCUGUCCUCCCGCGGCCCGCGAUCGAUUCACCCCCGCGAUCGCGAUCGACCGCGGGCGCAUCCGGGACGUUCGCCGAUCCGCGCCGAUCAUCGACGAGAGUGCAUCGCGACGAGACACCGCUCCUCGGCGACGGCCGCGUCCUUCCGCAGCGGAACCGCAGCGGCGUUACGUCACCGUUCCGUCAUUCCGCGCUGCGGAGGAACAGGUGCGCGUCUCGCGGGGUGUCCGUCUCGCGAGUGCGCGGCCAGUGCGAGCGGAUCGAGCGGGACGAGCGCGGCCGUCUGCGUUCGUUGAGAUAGAUCGCCGCCGGGAGAAAACUCGGACAUGGUGAACGAGACAUUAGUCGGCGUGCACCUGUUUGUUGGCGAAACCGAGUGCGUUAUCGACGUGGACGCGUGUAAAACUGGAUGCGCGAGACGCUACCCUCGCUGAUGCAAGCCUCGAUGAUGAGACGGGGAGAGCGAAGUGCUCUAGGAACGGGGGAUGCGGUUGAAAUGGGAGGUGCGUACCGUCGUACUGAAUAAAGGCUCCUCUGGCCUGGGCUUCAACAUCGUCGGCGGUGAAGAUGGCGAAGGCAUCUUCAUCUCGUUCAUUCUAGCCGGAGGUCCGGCCGAUCUCAGCGGUGAGCUACGCAGAGGCGAUCAGAUAUUGAGCGUUAAUGGUAUCAAUCUCCGAACAGCCACCCACGAGGAAGCCGCCGCGGCUCUCAAGGGUACCGGUCAAACAGUGACAAUCGUGGUGCAAUACAAACCGGAGGACUAUAAUAGAUUCGAGGCGAAGAUCCAGGAUCUUAAACAGCAAAUCUCGCAACAGAAUGUGAUGACAGGCACCCUCAUGAGGACCUCCCAGAAGAAAUCACUCUACGUGAGAGCGUUGUUCGAUUACGACCCCAACAAAGACGACGGUCUGCCGAGCCGCGGCUUGGCGUUCCGUUACGGCGAGAUCCUGCACGUGACGAACGCCAGCGACGACGAAUGGUGGCAGGCGAGAAGAGUCACCCCGCAGGGCGAGGAAGAGGGUCUGGGCAUAAUACCCUCGCGCAGGCGAUGGGAGCGUAAGCAGCGUGCCAGAGACCGCUCCGUCAAGUUCCAGGGGCACAUGCCGGUCAUUCUUGAUAAGCAAUCGACAUUAGACCGGAAGAAGAAGAACUUCUCGUUUAGCAGGAAGUUCCCAUUCAUGAAGAGUAAAGACGACAAAUCCGAGGAUGGCUCCGAUCAGGAACGAACGCCCACCACACCCGAGAAUGAGAACGAUCCCACCCCAUUCAUGCUGUGCUACACCCAGGACGACACUAACACUGAAGAUUUGUCUUGCGCCGCAGGGAGUAAAGAAAUUUUGUAUCGCGUUCAGCUGCCGUAUAUGGAGGAACUCACGUUAGUUUAUCUGGAAAAGGAGGGCGACGGGCCCAAUGACGAGCUUAGUAAGUCGCAGCCGAGAGCAAAUGUGUGAACCGUAGCGUGGGCG